GGCUGGUUGGUGCGUCUGCGGUCGUGUUGGUGCUCUGGGCUGGUUUUUGUUCUGCAGUAUGUGUUGAAGUUCCAUCGGAGACAGAGGCUGUCCAAGGAACGCACAUGAAGCUGCUCUGCAUCUCCUGCAUGAAGAGGGAAGAGGUCACAGCCAACACAGUGGUGGAAUGGUUCUACAGGACGGAGGAUGGAAAAGAUGAACCUAUCUACGAGUACAGGAAAAGAAACCAUGAAUUUGCAAGCCGCUUCAGCGGUCGGUUACAGUGGAACGGGAGUAAAGACAUGCAGGAUGUAUCCAUCACCGUGUUAAACGUGACCUUGAAUGAUUCGGGCAUCUACACCUGUAACAUCACCCGGGAGUUUGAGUUCGAGAUUCACCGACCUCUCUUCACAAGCUCCAGAGUGAUCCACCUCACCGUGGUGGAGGAGGCUGGAGAAGACUUCACCUCGGUCAUCUCUGAAAUCAUGAUGUAUAUUCUGCUGGUCUUCCUCACCUUGUGGCUACUGAUAGAAAUGGUCUAUUGCUACAGGAAAGUCUCUAAGGCAGAGGAGGCUGCCCAGGAAAACGCGACAGACUAUCUUGCGAUUCCAUCAGAAAACAAGGAAAACUGUGCCGUGCCUGUGGAGGAAUAGCAGAGAGGAGUCAGCAGAAGGAACGGCACCAAGGGGCUCUGAAGAUAUACAAGGACCACGUCAUGCCAGCCAGGUUUGAGGGGGAGCUCUGCGCCGUCGGGAGGAAAUACGGGGAAGUGUAAAUGCUCUUCCGUUUGCCUUGGACUCUGUACAGCCUUGACUUUGGCCUCAUGACUCCAUUCUGAGCUGCCAGCCCAUUUGCUAAAGGACUCUUCUUUUGAAGCAUGCUGAGCAACGGGCACAGGGGUGUGGGCAGCAUGGCUCCUUCCCAAGUUCCAGUCCCAUCAUCACGUUAAUGGCUUUGUAAAUGUUAAGUGUCAUUUCUUAGCUGCUGUCACCACCACCUUUAUUUGCUAAAUAUGCUAGUUCUCCAUUGCAGAGGUAAAGGGUAUGU